CUGGCAUCAUUUUGCCUGUGACUUUACGGCGACGAUCUCAUCCUCCGCGGAGCGCGUGAGUGGUGCUUUUGACAGACAUGGGAAAGCUUCAGGAAUUCGAGAUUACUUUCACCAAUAACAAAGUGGUCUACAAUCCCGGCGAAUCUAUAUCAGGAACUGUGAGAAUAAAAACAAGCCACUCCUUACAGUUUAAAGCCAUCAAAGUGUACUGUGUGGGGUCGUGUGGCAUCUCCUCCAAGCUGAAUGAUGCAUCAUGGAUGUUGGAGGAGCGAUACUUGAGCAGCACACUGUCUGUGGCCGACAAAGGUACCCUGCCAUCUGGUGAGCACAGCUUUCCCUUUCAGUUUCUCAUUCCAGCAUCUGUUCCAACCUCGUUUGAAGGCCCAUUUGGGAAAAUUCUAUACAAAAUUAGGGCUUUUAUUGAAACUCCACGUUUCUCAAAGGACUACAACACACAGCGACCCUUCUACCUGCUCAGUGUACUCAACCUCAAUGAGUUGCCAGAUAUAGAGAAACCCAGCUGUGCUGUGACAACAAAAAAGUUUACCUACCUCCUGGUAAAAUCAGGCACACUCAUGCUGAGGGCUUGCAGUGAUCUUAGAGGAUACACUCCUGGUCAGGUCAUCAAACUGUCUGCUGAGAUCUACAACAAGUCUGGUAAAGACACUGGCUGUGUUAUGGCUAGCCUUAUACAGAGAGUGACGUAUAAGACAAAGCGGCCAGUGUUUGACCUACGGCCCAUAGCGGAUGUCGAGGGAGCCGGGGUGAAGGCAGGCAAACAUGCAGAGUGGAGAGAACAGAUCAUCGUCCCUCCUCUUCCUCAGUCAGGCCUCACUGGCUGCAGCCUCAUAGACACUGAGUAUUUUAUACAGGUUUCACUAAAAUCUCCCGAGGCUGUUGUCACGUUACCCAUCUACAUUGGGAACAUAGCCGUAAACUUGACGCCCUCCAUUCCACCCCCACACUCCAUCGCUCCCAGUGCUCCAAUGCCUGCCAUGCCAAGCCUUGCACCCGUAGUCCCCAGCGCCCCUCCAGCUGAGGAGGCCCUGGAGGGUGAGCUGGGGGCCGGAGGGGUAGCCAGCGAGGAGAUCCCCACCAAGAGUCAUUCUCAGCAGGACCCGUCCGGCGUGACUCUCUCCAUGUCUCCCAGUGCAUUCGGUCAUGCGUCUGGUCCAGUACCACUGCUGAGUCAACAGCUCGCACAGUCCUCAGAUGGCUCUGCACCUCUGUUCUGUGUGUCCACAGGAGCCACCAUACCUUUCUUUACCGAGGGUAAUGCAACCCCGGUGCCCACUUCCUGUCCUCUGAUCCUGCCACCUGAAUAUAGCACCUGGGAAUAUCCACACGAGCCGCCUCCCACUUACGAGGAAAGCUGCAGUAGCAACAAUUCCAGUUUCAACAGUAGCAUGAGGUAGACCAAUCAGAGGUCUCAUUGCUUUUUCCAUGCAAUUCCUCGAGUGCCCCCUGUUGGACGGUAUAGACAUUGCCGCCAGGCCCCAAACCUGAUUAUUCCAUUCCAUGGAACAAAUAUCUGUAAUACUGUUAUAAGAAUCAUUUCUAUAUCUCAACCUGUUUGUUGAUCCCCUCAAAUUAUAUUUUCAACCGUGUAACUGAACUAGGAGAGUUAAUUUAGUGCCUAAGAAGAUGUAGCACUCUUGAGCAAUUACUAGGUAUGCUCGUGGGUUUUUAUGAAAGAAAUACCAGCAUCUAAACCUUGAAAAUAACAUUUGAGUAUACUUUUUUAAUUCAACCAAGGCUGGCCUUAUGUGAAGCUCUGUAAAAUCUGAAAUAACCUACAACUUAUACUUUCUUGUCUAACUGACAAGACUUUUUUUUUUUUAAUUACACCAUUCCUUGUGACAGUAUGGGACUCUGAAGGCACUCCAUGAUUACGUCAACAGAAGUGGCUCUUGACUAACAAUGGAUUGCAGAGAACGUUGCUCUUAAAAGAACAAGUUUUAUUUAUUGAUCAUGAUCAAUGUUGGAAGUAGAAUUUUUCAUCUGACUUUAUAAAAUCCAACUCCGCACCAAAUGGACAUGAACUCUGUGUAGAUACAGCUUUGGACUACCAAUGUAGUCAGCCACCAUGGGCACAUAUGUCAUUAUCACUUGGCCAAACAGUAGCCACUCUACCUUGAAUGCUUAAGGGAGCAACAUUGCAUAUCAUUUUUGAAUGCACUUCAUUGCAUGUCAUUUUGAAAACUUACACUUUCUUCUUUUUUACUGGCUGUCAAGAGAUUUUUAGAUGACACUUCCGACUCCUAACUCCCAUCUUAAUGCCUCAGUCUUUUGAAAUAAGAUGGAUGUAUUUUUUUUACCUUGUAUUACACAAACCAAACAAAGUAAUCAUACUAUUCUUUUCUGGGGGUUCAUCAUUUGUCCUUAGAAUAAUUUUGUAAGUAUUCUAGCCAUUUAAUGGGCACAGGUUCAGACUGUGAUUGGUUUAAACUUGGCGUGAUAUCAGAAUUUUUAGUAAUAUGUUAAAUGUUGGAAAACCAGAUGUGUUUUUGGAAUUUGUGCUGCACUUUUGCUGAAAGUGAAAAGAAAUUUCUGAAGUGCAUCAUUUGAAAUCUGAUGCAAACUAUACAUGUAUGUUUGUAUUUGACUUGUUUGGUCAUAUGCUUUGAUAUUCUCAUUCUAGCCCACAGUGAAUGAAGAUUUAUGAUGGAUUUCCAGUGAAGCCUUAGGCUGUACUAGAAUUGUUGUGUACAGUUUUGACAACGACCCUUAAAUGUAGCAAACAUUUUUUUCAUUAUGACCUGUGCAGACCCUUGAACUGUUCUGAAGAAUUUAGAAGCACAAAAAGGCACUUUUAUAGAUUUUAUCUCUGUGUAUAAUGUAUGUGUGUGUAUGAAUUUCUGGGAUGAUUUCUCCACCAAAAUUUUAAACAUUUUAAACUGUGUAGUUACAUUAGUGCUUAAAGUGAGCAUCAAAGGAAGAGGCUCACAGGUUCUUCUGAAAUUUGAAAAUCAACGACAGUACACAUGAAAUACAUUCUGUUUAUCUAAUUUUGUAUCAAGCAAAAUUAGAAGAUUCGGUGCAGACUAAAUCCUAUGGUUUCUCUGCACCCCCUUUUCUGAGUAGAAGAAUAUUUUGCUCAAUAUUAUAUACCACUAUGUACCAUUUAAAGUGCUGAUAGAGCAGAAUAAUUCUUAUUGAAGAAUCAAAUAAAAUAUUAUUGACCUUGUCUUUGCUGAGUGUAUAACAGCAGGCCACUGUGACUUUUAACAUUGCAGCUAAAUUUAAAUUCUGAGUUCGAUUGUCUUUUCACUUUGAGCAGCACUGUUUUUUAAUCUCAGCAGAAAAUUCAAACGCGCAAUUAAAAUCUGUUAUCAUUUAUCAUCACAGUCCAGCAAAUACACCUGAUUUUUUCAGUAUUCUCAACUACAUUUUGCCUUAAAUGUGAAUAUGAUACAUCACUGGUCCCCUGGUAAUUGUGGCAAAGACAAAAACUGUAGUACUUUUCGAGAUAAUACUGCAACGUGUUUACUAUUUUCUUCAUUUGUCUCCUUGGAAAUUGUUUCUGUUGACUUAAAAGGAUAGUUCACCCAAAAGUAAAAAUUCUGCCAUCAUUUACUCACCCACACGUUUUGUUCCAAACCCAUAUGUCUUACUUUCCUCUGUUGAACACAUAUAGAGAUAUUAGGCAGAAUAUUAGGGACUGACAGCCUCAGUCACAAUUCACUUUCAUUGUAUGGAAAAAGAUGCUAUGAAUUGAAUGAUGCUUGAAGUUGUUGGUCCCUUACAUUCUGCCUAACAUUUCCUUUUGUGUUCCACGGAAGAAAAAAAAAGUCAUAUAGGUUUGGAAUUAUGGUGAGUAAAUGGUUUAUAAAAAUAAAUUCAUUUUAUACAUUUUUAUUUUUUGAUGAACUAUCCCUUUAAAGGAAUAAUCCGGGUUCAAUACAAGUUAAGCAUUUGGACAGAAUUUGUACCAUAAUGGUAAUUAUAACAAAAAAUGAUAUCAAUUCGUCCCUCCUUUUCUUUAAAAAAAAACAAAAGCAAAAAUCGAAGUUACAGUGAGGUAAUUAAAAUGGAAGUGAAUGGGGAUGAUUUUUGUAGGGUUUAAAGGCAGAAAUGUGAAGCUUCUAAUUUUAUAAAAGCAUUUGCAUUAAUUCUUCUGUUAAUUAUUAUUUUUUUCUUCUGUUCAGUGGUUUUAUGGUCGUUUUGGGGUUUACAACGUUACAUUGUCAUAGUAAUGAUGUUGUAAAAUUGGCUAUAACUUUACGCAGAAAAGGUUAGUAAGCAAUUUUAUCACACUAAAAUCAUACUAACACACAUAUUGUUUAUGUCUUGUGGAUAUACUUUUGAAACAGUGAGUAUUUUAAUGUUUACAGAUUGGCUCCAUUCACUUCCCUUGUAAGUGCCCUUUUAUAACCAAGAUUUUUGCUUUUUAUAAAUAAAAGGAGGAACGAGUCAAAAUAAAUUUUUGUGGUAAUCAAUAUUAUGCCACAAAUGCUGUCGAUUGAGCUUAACUUGUAUUGAACCCGGAAUAUUCCUUUAAUGAAUGUUAAUGCAUCAGAAAGAGUUGUAAAUGAUGGUAGAUCGUUAUUUAAGCCUCUCCCUUUCAAGCUUGAACAAUGAAAGAAAAUUUAAUGAAAAGACAAAGUCCUCCAUCACUGUAAAUGCUGAAGUUGCAACUUGGAUGAAUAUUUUUCAUGUUUGAUUUGAAUGUGCUACUGUAUGUUCUGUCUUUUCCUCUUCACCAAAGGUUCAACAGCUUUAUCAAGUUUAAUUUUGUCAUUUGUGUGGUACUUUUGUCCCUCUGUAUUUUCAGCAGGUUUUGAAAUAAAGUAGCACUAUUGUGGAUAAAUGUUAUUUGUAAAGAUGUGACAGAAUCAAACUUGUACAGCAAAGUAAUAAACUCUUUGAAAUUCUA